AAAGUUGUAUUACUGUACUUGCAAAUUUAUCCUCUGUUUUAGCUAAGUAUAUGAAAAAUAAAAAAAUUAAAGUUUACUGCCAUACUCUGUAUUCAUAGAUAGAGGAGUUUGAUACUAUAAUACUGACAUACGUUAAUUUUUCGUGUGUUUUCUUGAUUAUUUGAGAUUCUUGACCGACUUUAAUCAAAGAUGCAUUUCAGUCGUUGAAUAUUUUAAUUUUUUAUUGCUGAGCAAACUUUCUGAAUCUUGGUGGACAGAAGAAUCCUUACAAGAACACAUUGAUGUGUGGUUCUGUCUUUGUUGUUGGAUUUACUGGCUGAAUCUUUAGAUCGAAGUUUUUUGAGAUUUAAUGGCGGCAAUACUGGCUUCUCAUGGCUGUUAUUGCCGCGACCUUCAGUUUAUGGAUCAUGGAAAGGCAGCAGACUGUCUCAGUUUCUCAGGAUCAAUUUCUAGUGAUAAAUUCCAAAAUGUUGCGAGGCAAGAAUAUGGACUCCCUGCAGCUAAUAGGUUCUUAAGGUUUCAAGUUAAUGUGCGGCAAACGGAAUCAUCAGAGAAGUUGGGUACAAAUGGGCGAGCUGCUAAAAUGGUAUCAACGAAGGAAGUGAUGAGAAGCAAAAGCUCUUCUAUAAAUAUGGGAGAGAGAGUGAAUGGUUCGAAGCAAGUUGUUAAUGGAUACGGAGCAAGCCUGGUUAAAAGAAACACUGUUCCAGCUCUAGUUACACCGAAAAUCAAAGACUCUAAAGAUCUUCCAUUUACAGAGGAGCUGAAAGUUCUAACCUCAGAUGAAGGUUUCAGUUGGGCGAAUGAUAACUAUAAUUCCUUGCAAAGGACUAUAGACGUGUGGUCCUUCGUUCUUUCCCUUCGUGUCCGUAUUCUUUUCGACAGUGAAAAAUGGGCAUAUCUUGGAGGCUUCACAGAAGAUAAGCAAAAAAAUAGAAGGCAAAAAACUGCUUCAUGGUUGCGGGAAAAGGUACUGCAACUUGGGCCAACUUUUAUUAAACUUGGACAGUUAUCCUCAACAAGGUCUGAUCUUUUUCCGCGGGAGUAUGUUGAUGAGCUUGCUAAGUUACAGGAUAGAGUCCCCGCAUUUUCGCCCAAGAAAGCAAGAGAUUUCAUAGAAAAAGAAUUGGGAGCUCCAAUCGAUUUAUUAUUCAAGGAAUUUGAAGAUCGGCCAAUUGCUGCAGCUAGUCUUGGUCAGGUACAUCGUGCUGUUCUGCAUAAUGGAGAGAAAAUAGUUGUGAAAGUCCAAAGGCCUGGCCUGAAGAAACUUUUUGACAUCGAUUUACGAAAUUUGAAGCUAAUUGCUGAGUAUUUUCAAAGAAGUGAGACCUUCGGAGGUCCCACACGAGAUUGGAUUGGUAUAUAUGAAGAAUGUGCUACGAUUUUGUAUCAGGAAAUUGAUUACAUAAAUGAAGGAAAAAAUGCUGAUCGAUUCCGCCGGGAUUUUCGAAAUGUUAAGUGGGUCCGCGUACCUUUGGUAUUCUGGGAUUAUACUGCCACAAAAGUGUUGACACUGGAGUAUGUUCCAGGUGUCAAGAUCAACAAAUUGGAUAUGAUAGAUGCAAGGGGCUAUGAUCGUUCUCAAAUUUCUUCACGAGCAAUUGAGUCAUACUUGAUUCAGAUACUGAAAACUGGGUUCUUUCAUGCUGAUCCUCACCCUGGAAAUCUUGCAAUUGAUGUGGAUGGAGCACUCAUUUAUUAUGACUUUGGUAUGAUGGGAGAGAUAAAAUCUUUCACACGAGAAAGAUUGCUUGAUCUGUUCUAUGCAGUUUAUGAAAAAGAUGCAAAAAAGGUUAUGCAAAGUCUCAUAGAACUUGAAGCACUACAGCCCACAGGAGACAUGUCAUCAGUAAGGAGAUCUGUGCAGUUUUUCUUGGAUAAUUUAUUAAGUCAGACACCAGAUCAGGAGCAGACUUUGUCCACCAUUGGUGAGGAUUUAUUUGCAAUUGCAACAGAUCAGCCAUUCCGCUUUCCUUCCACCUUUACAUUCGUCAUAAGGGCAUUUUCAACACUUGAAGGAAUUGGUUACACGCUAGAUCCAGAAUUUUCUUUUGUGAAGAUUGCUGCUCCUUAUGCACAAGAACUAUUAGAUUUAAAAAAGAAUCAGCAAAAUGGAACACAACUUGUGGAGGAAAUAAGAAGACAAGCCAAUGAUGCCAGAACCUAUACCAUUUCCAUGCCAUACAGAAUCCAGCGUAUAGAGGAAUUUGUGAAACAACUUGAGUCAGGAGAUUUGAAACUCCGUGUCAGGGUACUAGAGUCUGAAAGAGCUGCUCGGAAAGCAACCAUACUUCAAAUGGCUACCAUCUAUACAGUUUUGGGUGGAACCUUGCUAAAUGUUGGGAUCACAUUCAGCAGCCAAGGUGGCCAAGUUAUCGCAAAUGGAUCUUUCCUCGGUGCUGGUGUUUUCUUGACAUUAUUGCUUAGGUCCAUGCAAAGGGUGAGGAAGCUCGAUAAAUUCGAGAAGAUGAUCUAGUUCCAAAGCAACCAAUAGUUUUUCCUUUAUUCUAAAUCUCAAUCUCUCAAUUUCAAUUGUUAAGUUGUACAAUUUUUUAUGUGCAAAUGCAUGGCACAACCCAGGUACAGAGCAGGAUGCUUACAAGUUAUUGCCAUGUAAGUGCACCACAAUUAAAUGGGGAACCAUUUCCCCGCCACCCGAAUUUUAGAAACAUAAUCAAUGAUUCAAUACAGAAAUUAAAGAAAUGUAAAGAAAAAUAUCUGAAUAAAUUUUCAGGUUUGUUACAUCAAUCAUCAA